CAGCAUUUGACAGCCGGUCGGACUGUUGAUAGGUUUCCUUGAGAUUUUCUCCAACCAACAGUCGGGAUAUUCGUCGUGGAGAAGUGCAGGAAAAGCCCGUGGAAAUCCGUCAGGAAGAGGAUUUUAAUGUGAUAAAAAGCAGUGGUGAGAGGUAGAUAAGAUGGGGAUCUUGGAGAAAAUAUCAGAGAUUGAGAAAGAGAUCGCGAGGACGCAGAAAAACAAAGCCACUGAGUAUCAUUUGGGUCUGCUGAAGGCAAAAUUGGCCAAGUAUCGAUCGCAGCUGCUGGAACCGUCGAAGAAGGGCGAGAAGGGAGAGGGUUUUGAUGUACUGAAGUCAGGAGAUGCUCGAGUUGCGCUCAUUGGAUUCCCUUCCGUGGGGAAGUCCACACUGCUGUCCACCCUCACGAGCACCCAGAGUGAGACUGCCAGCUACGAAUUCACCACGCUGACUUGCAUCCCGGGGGUCAUUGAGUACAGGGGAGCCAAUAUUCAGUUGCUGGAUCUUCCGGGAAUUAUCGAAGGUGCUGCUCAGGGCAAGGGGCGCGGAAGGCAAGUGAUAGCAGUUGCACGGACUGCUGAUCUCGUCCUGAUGAUGCUGGACGCUACAAAGCCCAAUGUCCACAGGGAUUUGCUGGAGCGGGAACUGGAAUCCGUGGGAAUCAGGCUGAACAAAAGGCGCCCCAAUAUCUAUUUCAAACAGAAAAAAGGCGGAGGCUUGAGCUUCAAUGCUACUUGCGCCCUGUCGCGUUGCAAUGAGAAGAUGGUCCAGACCAUUUUGCACUCCUUCAAGAUCUUCAAUGCUGAAGUCUUGUUCCGGGAAGAUGCCACUGAGGAUGAAUUUAUCGACGUGGUUACGGCCAAUCGUGUCUAUUUGCCCUGUCUCUAUGUCUACAACAAGAUCGAUCAGAUCUCCAUGGAGGAAGUGGACAGACUGGCCAGGCAGCCCAACAGCGUCGUUGUCAGCUGCAACAUGAAGCUCAACUUGGAUUAUCUGCUGGAGACUCUCUGGGAAGCUCUGCAACUGAUCAGAGUGUACACCAAGAAGCCAGGACAGCCCCCGGACUUCGAUGACGGGCUCAUCCUUCGAAGGGGCGUUACAGUUGAGCACGUCUGCCAUGCUAUUCAUCGUUCUCUGGCCGGUCAAUUCAAAUAUGCCCUGGUCUGGGGCACUUCCACCAAGUACUCCCCACAGAGAGUUGGUAUCAGUCACAUCAUGAACGAUGAAGAUGUUAUUCAGAUUGUUAAGAAAUAAGAAACAUAAUUCCCUUAC